GGAGUCAGCGGGCCGCACGGCCUGUUGCUGCCGGCUGAGCUGCUCUGGCGGCUGGCCGACCCAUUUUGCCGGCCGGCGCCCGAGUGUCUGUACGUGCAGACGGCCCGGGCCGGGCUACAGGUGGUCAUCAGCGACGAGGUCAUGCUGACGCCGACACCGUCCGCGCUGACGCAGCGGCAGCGGGACAAGCUGCGCCAGUACCGCGACCACCGGCGCGCCCAGUUCUACCGGCAGUUCGAGGUGAAGCGUGUGACGCGCGCCGGCCGCUCGCGCUGGUUCGGCUGCACGCGCGACACGGCGCGCUGCUUCGCCUCCCUGGCCGGCGACACGCCGGACUACCUGUAUCGCGGCCGCUGGACACCGCCCUGCUGCCUGCGCCACCUACGCCGCACCGCGCGCCACGUGUUCGCCGCGCUGACCGCGUGCGGCGCGCGCUUCUGGCUGGAGGGCGGCAGCCUGCUGGGUGCGGUGCGCACCGGAGAUGUGAUCCCCUGGGACUCGGACGUGGACGUGGGCGUCUACCUGGAAGACGUGCCGUCAUGCGCUCAACUCCACGCCGCCGCCAAGGCGCCUGUGCGCGACGAGCAGGGCUUCAUCUGGGAGAAGGCGCCGGAGGGCCGCUUCUUCCGCGUGCAGUACAGCGCUGCCAACCGCGUACAUGUUGACGUGUUCCCGUUCUACUCGCGGAACGGCACCAUGACCAAGGACACGUGGUUCGCGUCGCACCGGCAGGACUGCGAGUUCCCCGAGCACUUCCUGCGGCCGCUGGAGACGAUGCCGUUCGUGGGCGUGAACGUGACGGUGCCGAACCGGGCGCGCGAGUUUCUGGAGCUGAAGUUCGGCGCGGGCGUGGUAGAGCGGCCCCAGUACCCGGAGCCGGAGCGGCUGGCCUUCCCGGACGCCGAGUCUGCGGACGCGCAGGCGCUGGACGAGCGCCGGUGGGACGAGCUGUGAUGGGCUGCGCUGUGGUGACUGGACGGGCUGUGUGACAAGGUGUGUUUGGACCAGUGGUGGCGCAACGGUACUGGAUCAGAUGCCUCACUGGAGCUGCUCUCGCUAAAGCGGCCGAACGUAGCCGCAGAGUCAGCUGCGAAAAAGGAGCAGCUCGUGCGCUGGCUGCUCCCUGUUGCUGGGUGGGCUGUCGCUUGCGUUCCCGGAGGGCUUUCUGCGAGCCCCUGGCAGCCAUCAGGAUUAACGGGAGCACACUUGCUGCGCACUGACCAGCGGUGGCCCCCGCCGAGAUGUCGUGGAGUGGUCUGUGCAACGACGCGGGGUGACGUGCGACUCACGCGCGGACUGGGCCUCGUGUGAUGACCGACCUGCAAGGGCUCGUGGACGCCAUGUCUUAGGAGUGGCAGGGUAUCCGUUUGUGUUACGUGCGACACGACUGCUGGUCAGCUCCAUCACUACACAAAAUAUUGUGCCCCACCCAGCUAAAACGGUGGCCUCGAUCAGUAUGCUUUUCGGAAUAUUAUUGCUUUCUGUUACUGCAAGCAACAAUACCCCACCUGCCGCUCUUACGCAACCCAUGUUUUGGUGUUUUAACAUUGGUGUCGUAUAAGGGCUUGCACAGGAAUGCUCAUUCCUGCCGGCUGAACCAUUUGCAAUGGUUUGCUUGCAAUCAGGUGCCGUUCAUUGCAUGCCAUUCGGUUACCGUGUUAACAUGAUGUAAGCAAGAAAGGCUUUGAGCUCCUGGUU